CUUUCUCGUCAUUGGAUGAUUGAAAGGGCUUGAACAGUAGCACGUGAUGGAAACACAACUGAUUUUAACAGGUUCUUCAACAACGCAAAGGAGCAAAAGCAACACGAAACAAGACGUGCAGACAUUACAAAGGUGCACUAAGUGAUGAACAUUGUUCGUCUGCCACUGAGCUGCUGUCAUUUAGCUGGUCAUUUCCUGAAGAAAUACACACUUUCGAGGUUUCUUCACUUUUCAGCUUCAGCAAUGGCUUCCUUUAGACAUAAAAAUGCAAAAAGAAUUGAAGGGCUUGACAAGAAUGUCUGGGUCACAUUUACUUCAGUGGCUGCAGACCCUUCAAUAGUGAACCUGGGACAGGGAUUACCAGACCUCCCACCUCCAUCCUAUGUCAAGGAAGGACUAGCUAAAGCUGCAUCAGUUGACAGGCUGAAUCAAUACACUCGGGGUUUUGGGCACCCUACUUUGGUAAAGGCCCUUUCUGAAGUCUAUGGAAGAAUUUAUGGGCAUCAGAUUGAUCCAUUCAAAGAAGUCCUGGUGACAGUGGGAGGUUACGGCUCUCUGUUUAGUACCAUGCAGGGACUGGUGGAAGAAGGAGAUGAGGUAAUAAUCAUUGAACCUUUCUUUGAUUGUUAUGAGCCAAUGGUUCGAAUGGCAGGAGCAAAGCCAGUCUUUAUUCCAUUAAGACUUAAAACAGCAGCAGCAGAAGGUGCCACAAUCUCCAGCGCUGACUUUGUGCUUGAUCCAGAUGAGCUUGCAAGUAAAUUCAAUUCCAGGACUAAAGGCAUAAUAAUAAACACUCCGAACAAUCCAAUAGGAAAGAUCUUCACCAAGGAAGAGCUUCAGGUGAUUGCUGAUCUCUGUAUCAAACAUGACACUCUGUGCUUCAGCGAUGAGGUCUAUGAGUGGCUGGUAUACAGUGGACAUAAACACGUUAAAAUAGCUACUCUGCCUGGGAUGUGGGAAAGAACAGUAACAAUUGGAAGUGCUGGGAAGACAUUCAGUGUAACUGGCUGGAAGCUUGGCUGGUCAAUUGGUCCUGAGCAUUUAUUAAAACAUUUACAAACUGUCCACCAGAACAGCCUUUACACCUGUCCUACUCCUUUGCAGGAAGCAGUGGCUCAAGGCUUCCUACAUAAUUUCAGUCUCAUGGAUGAUCCUGAGUGCUACUUUUACUCCCUUCCAAGAGAACUGCAGGGAAAACGGGAUCGGAUGGCCAAGUUUCUCCAAGCUGCAGGCAUGAGGCCUGUCCUUCCAGAGGGAGGCUACUUCAUGAUUGUUGAUGUUUCUGGGCUUAAAAAGGACCUGUCCGACAUGGAGGGAGUUGAGCCCUAUGAUUAUAAAUUUGUAAAAUGGAUGAUAAAGGAAAAGAAACUGGCAGCUAUUCCAAUUACAGCGUUCUGUGGGGCUGAAUCUACGAAGCAGUUUGAAAAAUACAUCCGCUUGUGUUUCAUCAAGAACGAUAGCACAUUGGAUGCAGCUGAAGCAAUUCUGAAAGACUGGAACAAAGAGUCGUCUGUUUGAUAAAAUGCACUGUACUAUCUUUUGGGGAGAUUCAUGAAAGGCUCUUUCUUUAGGUUAUUUGUAGACCUGUGAUGCUGCUUCUAUUGCUGAAUACUGGAAUCCAUUCAGCCGAUACACUACUUGCUGUACCUGCAGUCCUAUCUCUGUAGAACGUAAAUAUCUCAGUUUUUUGUUUUGUUUUAGACUGUAUACCAGUGUUUCUCAACGGGGGCGGUACCGCCCCUCAAGGGGCGUUUUGAAGCCAAAGGGGGCGGGAGGGGUGCGUUUUAGCUAUAAAAAAAAGGGGGGGGGUGUUGUGUUUUCUUAUUUAAAAUUAAAGAAACUUUUUUUUCAAAAUGUUUAACUACUUACACACAAUGUGCCAGUGACUUACUCACUGGCCAGUGCACUACAAGGUCUUGUAAACAUCAAGUCAGAAAUGUGUGUUGCUACACAGCAACGUCACCGCCAUUUGUGCUAUCCGGUUUGUCAUGCAAAUGUAAUAUGGUCCAAUCAGAAUGAAGCAACCGUUCCAUUUAUGCUUGUUGCCAUGUUACGUUGCACGUCUGAAUUUCACAGUUUAUUGUUAUGAAUUAUUGAUCUGGAAUUCUCGGAACUAGUGGAAUUAAAUGUAAUUAAUAAUUGAUGUUAAUUAAACUGCAUUGUUAAUUGGCAAUAAUUCUUAUUUUUUUAUUUUCUGUGGAAAUAAGGGGGUGAUGACUUAGCUGAUCCUUAGGGGGCGUUGUUACGAAAAAGGUUGAGAAACACUGUAUACGGUCAUUUUAGUUUCACAAACUUGAUAAUCAAAUCUCUUUCUACAGUCUUUGUACUACAUGACAACUUUCGUGAUUAAUACAAUAUCUCUCAAACGACGUACUCUUUUUUAAUAUACAGUAUAGAUAGAUCCCGGUCUUCGCAAAUGUUCAGCCUACUAUUAGCAUAUAAAUCUCAUUAAUGAAUCUAGGCUAUAAUGUGUCUUUAAAUGAAGAGGUCAGUUAUGUUUCUGUUAAUAGGAAAUUAUCACAAGCAGAGAAGUAGUAAAAACGCUAUACUAAACUGUUUUACUGUUGUUGGCUUACUAGAAGAGUUUAAUGAAUAUCAUAUUUGAUUUUACUCAUGAAAACAUAAAACAUUCAACUAACUUCAACAGCUGAAGCUUUGUAAAGAAAGUCUAGGAUUAUAAAAUCCUGAGUUUGCACAGUGUCAUAAAACAUAAGAACAAGAACAUAAAGUUUACAAACGAGAGGAGGCCAUUCGGCCUGGAAAUCUAAAUAAACCAUGU